GACAAUGAUGAGUCAGCACAACCAAGAAAACGCACCAGACCCUUUUCCUCUCUUGAGGGCGGGGUCUGGGCACGAGACUAUUGGAGAGAAGAGAGAGGAGAGAAGAGAGGAGAGAAAACGUUUACGGGUCAUGAAUAUAGUUCGAGCGAAUAAUGAUUAGGCCACACCCACCGCUAGGAUAAUAGCGAUCAGAGGCAGGAAGAGAAACGGGAGGAGAGAAGUUAUUUUUUUGUUUACCUACAUUUACACUGAAGACAGAUUAUUGCAUCUAUGUGCAAAACCAGAGUUUCAUAUCUGCCGCAGAAUUGGACGCGGAUGUUAUAACCCCGCAGGCUAGGCUAGGCUCUAACGAGAUUGCUAUUCCACGCAUGCGCAGAAGGUGCAUUAGCGCCGCGCGCCGGCAGCGCAUUUAAGCGGCGCCGACUCAAUUCGCAGCUAUAAUUUUUGCAGUGCAGUGUGCCACCUUGCAAAGGCUCCUUAUUAUAUUGCCGUCUGAUUCUUAAAAUUGCAGCAGAGCAAUGGCAGGACGGGCGCCUAGCUCGAAGGCGUGGGAAAGUUUUUCAAGCGCGUUAAAAAAUCACCUGGAAGGACCAGAGACAGGUUGAAAGAUCGGGUGUUUCUGAACCUAGCACUAUCCCCGAGACUACUGUCACCACAGAGUCUGCAACUAACACUACUGCUGGUGAUGAUACCACAGAGUCUGCAGCCAUCACUAGUGCUGGUGGUGGCGGUGAUGAUGAGGUCAAGUCAAAACCUUCCGCUCAACUCAGCCCUGUACCUGGAUCAGUAAGAGAUAAGAUCAACAGCUUUCGUCAAAGAUUUAAUGCUAUUAGGGAUUCAACAAUCCAUUGUCUUGAAAGAUCUUAUCAAAGUAGCGUAGCAAGCAUCGUGUUUAUCGUUGCUUCGAUCAUUGGUAUCAGAGUGGCGCAAUCUGAAGUGGAAAGUUCGUUUGAAAAGUACGAGAAAAACGUCUCGAAGCUUUUUAAUUUCUUGGAUUAUUACUGGAACUACUACUCUUACGACAUUCUGGACAAACUUAUCGAGAAACUUGCUGCAGAAGAAAGAUGUUUUGAGCCUGUCAAGAAAGAGAUGGACACCUACGGGGAAGACAUGAAGAAGUUUAGAGAAGAAACCUCCAUGGAACAAAUGCUGUUGGAGAAGGAGCUUUUGGCUAUCGAAGCCGUCCCACCAGAUGCUGUCGAAGUUUUCAUUGAAAAGGAUUCGGUUAAAACUAAAACACUCGAAGAUUUGCAAGAAUUUCGCAAGGCCUUUUCCGGGUUUUACAUGGUGAACGAAUGUGCAGUUUUGCUAAAGGAAAUAGGAGACGAGGUUAUCGUAGCCUGGUACAUAAUCCCCACCGACCAACAAGAAGAUUUUUUAUUUGAAUACGUCGGCGAUAGUGAGCGGAAUAUUCCCAAGGAAGUGUUACUGUUUUGUGCAUCCGAAAUCCUGGAGUUUGUCGACUUCAAAGUACUUCAACAGGAGUUGGAGAAACACGGUGUUCCAAAAUCUGUUUACCAGAUGCCGGCAGAGGAGGGUUCGAGGCCUAGUUUUGAAACGACGUACGAAAUGUUGCAGAGGAUUGGGGGAGUGGAGGGAGGGACUGGGGCGUUCUAUCGGUCAUUGAGGGACACGCAAGACAGCGUCCACGAUCACAAGUUUGUUGCUGAUAAGCUGGAAAAUAGAGCACAAGGAAUGCUUCAUCAAGUUAUUACCCUGCCGGAGGGCUGUGGACCACUGAAUAUAUUUCAUUUGCGACUCGGUGAUAUUAGCGAGCAGAGAAGUGGACCGGCAGAUUCUGGAGGACAAGGAAGUGGAAGUUCAGAAGCGAAUGUUCCUUCAUACAUCCUUCCUCCCAGCACGUUUGUGGCAAUGGGAGAGGAAAUGCUGGCAAAAAUCCCCGUCAGCAAACCGCAAAUCCCGGAGCCUAUUACGAGGGAGAAAAUAUACGUUCUUUCUUCUCUUGCACGGCGGCCAUCAUCAAGUGAACCCGGGGUAAAGUUUGUGCAGUGUAGUCUACAUUCGGAACUUUCUCACGUAUACACUGGGAUAGAGACGGAGAUUUGUUGGAAAGACGCCGGUAUUGGCCUAUUUUUACCAAAAGUUGAACUGGAAAAAGAGAUAAAUUUUACGGUAAAAGUUGUCAACGAUGAUUAUGAGCUACCGCUGGAGUAUCGAAACAUGCCGUUAGUUAGCGCCAUGUGCCAGAUCACAGCCAGUGAUAAACUACCUCAGCCAGUCAGAGUAAGGAUGCAACAUUGUACUGCAGUAGAAAACGAAAACGUGAUGGGGUUUAUGGUUGCCCAUGGGGAACCCCCCUAUCGUUUCAGCCCGUUGCCGGGCGGAGUUUUCCCACAGGGAGAAUGCUACGGGGAAAUCGAACUAGGCAAAUUCAGCAUUUUGUCAAUUAUCAGGCGGAUUUUUGGUCCGAUAGAGUGUGCAGUUCAUGUCUGCUACUGUGCUGAUAGUUCGGCUGAUUUCGUCGUGACUAAAAACCUUCCACUACAUGUUGCUGCCGUGAAAAAGGAAUACGAGGAUGCAAAACUUGAUCAGUACAUCGCAACGUGUUCCUCUUCUUCUACCGGAAUAGCCUUUGAAGCUCCCAAAAUGUCAACAAAUGGGUGGAGUGUGGAGCCACAAUCCAAGCCAUUCAAAAUCAGCAGGCGUGUAAUUGUAAACUAUGAACCGGGACAAGUGAUUCCGCACAUUAAACUGGACAUCAUAUGGACUGGACAGGGGCCACAGCGGAAAGAGAAAAUAAACAUCAGUGUAGACGGGGCUGAAGGUUUAGAGUCGUUCAAAUUAACAUGUGAACCACUUUUUCCAUGUUCACCACAGCAGCUUGGAAGUUUCACCGCACAACAGCAAGAUAGAACAUCGGAGACACAAUUAGCAGAUAGACCUUUUCCGUCGAAAAUAGAGCCCCGCCCAUCUGCAUUAGACACACCCACUCUACCACUACUCCAGAGGUUCCCAACUCGAUCGGGACAUUUCAUAAAUGUUAUCGAGAGGAUUAGCGUCAAGGGUCACUGCCUCUGCAUCCAUCUUCUCAACGACAAGUGGGGAAUGGUUGCCAAUAACCUCGAAUUGAAGCACCGAUGCGAUCCGAAUCGAGUCACAGAGGCUGUUCUGGUGCGGUGGCUGGAGAAGGAGCCGCAUACCUGGGUUGAUCUGGUCACAGCACUGAGGGAGAUAGAGCUGGGCGCUCUGGCGACAGAGAUUGAAGAUAACCUGUGUAGAAGUCAGCAGGAUAGACCCACACUACCACUUCUUAAAAGAUUCCCAACUCAAUCAGGACAUACUACCAACAUCGUUGAGGGGAUUAGGGCAAAAUGUCGAGACCUUUGCACCCGUCUACUAAGAGACGAUUGGGGUGCGGUUAUCAAGAGCAUGGAGCUAGAGCAUCGAAAUAAUCCCUGUCAAAUCGCGGAGACUGUUUUUCAAAGAUGGCUUGCCGAGGAACCGAAUGCGUCGUGGGCAGAGCUUGUUAGUGCACUGAGGAGCAUCGGACUCGGAAAAUUGCCACGAAAGAUUGAAAAAAAUUUAUUACCCCCAUCUGUGGAACACUGAUGGAUUUAUGUUUUUUUAAUGACAGAAAGUCCACAUUAUUUUUUGUAAACGUGUAUAAUUAUACAAUUUCAAAGAUGUAAUCUAAUCUAGCACUUGUAAACAAUGAAGGUA